CCACACCCACACACACUUCCAAGCUAGCCGUCUCCAACAACCCUCCCCCCACCAUCCUCCCCAUGUCCUCCUCCCUCCCCUCUCCCCUCCUCUUCCUCCUCCUCCUCCUCCCCUUCCCCGCCGCGGUUCGUUCCCAGCCGGCGGCGGCCCCCGCGCCGCAGCAGCAAUGCCCGCUCAACUUCACCGCGCUCCGGCCCUUCCUGGCCCAGCCGCUCCCGCCCGACGACUCCGCGCGCUGCCUCCUCGCCGUGCAGUCCGUUCGCCUCCUCCUCGCGCUCCACCUCGCCGCCACAGGAUCCUUCGUCCUCCCGGCUAACUCCUCCUGCCUCCCGCCGCUCCGCGCCGAGCUCCCCUUCGCGCUCCCGUCGCCCUCCGCCUGCGGCCUCCAGGGGCUCGACGCGCUCCUCGCGUCCCCGGGGUGCGCCAACGUUUCCACUCUCGGGGACUUCGACGCCGCCGUGCCGCCGUCCUCGCGGGCGGACAUGAACGCCAGCUGCAACCGGGACCUCACCCCGGUCCCCGACUGUACCUCCUGCACCACCUCGCUCAGCAAGGCCGCGGCGGCCUACCUCCUCCCGGGCUCCCCCAACGACGGUGGGAACAACGUCACCGGCUGCGUCCAGUACCCCUUCAUCUACGCCGGCGCCGCCGCCAGCCCGCGCGGCGCCGACGACCCAGCCACGGCCAACUGCCUCUACCUCCUCAAGGUGAACUCUGCUUCCAAGGCCAGCUCCAGCGUCCCUGGUUGGGUCUACGGCGUCGUGUUUGGCUGCGUCGCCAUGGUUCUGCUCGUUGCCGCGGCGGCUGCCUCUUGGUUCCUGGUGCGGCGGCGGCGGAGGCGGGCCGCCGCCGCGGCGCUGGCCAAGGCCGCGGCCGACAGCAGGAGCAAGCGCUCGCAGGCGAUGGAGUCAAUCAGCGCGAGCACCACGCUAGUCCAGUUCACCUACGACGAGAUCAAGGCGGCCACUGGGGGAUUCGCAAGGGAGAGCAUCAUUGGCCGCGGUGGGUUCGGCAAUGUGUACAAGGGCGUGCUCCCGGACGGCGCGGAGGUGGCCGUGAAGCGGUUCAAGAACUGCUCCGCGGCUGGGGAUGCCGCGUUCGCGCACGAGGUGGAGGUCGUGGCCAGCGUCCGCCAUGUCAACCUGGUCGCCAUCCGUGGGUACUGCAUCGCUACCACUGAGAGAGAAGGCCACCAGCGAAUGAUUGUGUGUGACCUGAUGCACAAUGGCAGCCUGCACGAUCACCUGUUCGGUGCCGGGGAAUGCCAGAUGACGUGGCCGGUGAGGCAGAGGAUUGCCAUAGGGAUGGCGCGCGGCCUGGCCUAUCUGCACCGCGGGGCGCAGCCCGCCAUCAUUCACAGGGAUAUCAAAGCGAGCAAUAUCUUGCUUGAUGACGACUUUGAGGCCAUGGUGGCUGAUUUCGGAUUGGCCAAGUUUGCACCGGAAGGGAUGACGCAUGUGAGCACAAGGGUUGCUGGCACGCUGGGUUAUGUCGCUCCAGAGUAUGCACUGUAUGGCCAAUUGACUGAGAAGAGUGAUGUCUAUAGCUUCGGAGUUGUACUUCUUGAGCUUCUAAGUGGAAAGAGGGCAUUUAUCUCUCUUGGUGAAGGCCAGAACUUUGUGCUCAGUGAAUGGGCUUGGUUAUUGGUCCGGAGGGGGAAGACAGUGGAUGUGAUCCAAGAAGGAAUGGUUGAGCCUGGUCCUACUGAGGUAAUGGAGAAGUAUGUACUUGUCGCAGCACUCUGCACGCAUCCUCAGCUGCACGCUAGGCCAACAAUGGAUCAAGUGGUGAAGAUACUAGAGGCAGAUUCAGCGUCAGGUCCUUUAAUUAUUCCGGAGCGGCCUCUUCCGGUAGUCGCAAACCUGGCUGAGAUUGAGAGAUCAGCCAGUAGCAGUGGCUCAGGUCAGCUGUUUAGUCCCUCUGGUUUCCGGUCUUUUACUCAUAUAAAUGAAGAUGCUGCUUUGGAGUCUCCUAAAGAAGAAUGACACUUUUCUUAGCUGAGUAGAGAAAAGUUUAUUUCUAGAUUCUCUGUGUACCAUAUUUUUUUUGUUAGCUUGAUUUCUCUUAAUGGAAUUACUCAAUUGUGUAGAUAGAAAUUGUACUUUUGCCCCCACCCAGGAAAUGUAAGAUUCUUUGGUGACAGUUGAAUUCAUUUAAAACAUAUCUGCUUUUUUAUUUCUUUAUCAUAUAUUUGACAUUUAAAUAUCAUUGAUUCAUUAGUGUGGACUGUUUUUU